AACAAGCACAUGGUCCCUUGCUUAUUCAAAAUUUUGAAAACUGAAAAUAAUGAAAGGGGAAAAAUUACAAUAUAUGUAUAAUAAAGGGAACAUAACGCACGUUGAUGGUAAUAGCAAAUUGCUUCGAUAUCAAAUACUGCACCCAUUACCCAUUGUCAGUUAAUGUCUCGAGCUCAGCCUUGCCAUAUUACAGUAACAAGAGGAGCAGCAAGGGGGGAUUGAUCAGUGACUACAGCCAUGGUCACUGAUAGUCACUAGUAGUCACUUCCAUUGUCGCUCACAUGUGUCGGUUGUGUGCUGAACAUAUUUUCAUUUAUUUAUUGUGAAUAUUUAUUAAUUUAUUAAUAAAAAUGAUUAUUUCAACGAACGAAGGUAAUCCAAACGCGUUAAAAUUAAUAAUAGCAGCUAAAAUGGCCCAACAGUCUGUUACCGUUAAGACGGUACAGCCUAAAGUAAGUUUCUUGGGUCGUUUACCUGCUGUUGAACUACCAUCUGGAUUAGUGUUAUUUAGCACUAGUGCAGCAAUGCAACUAUUAGUACCUCCACCUAAAGAAUCAAAUGCUCUGAAUAAUAAGUGGUUGGAAUGGGAUAUUUCUAAGUUACAGCCAGCUAUAGUGCUUUAUAGUAAUACAGGAACAUAUAAAACAGCAAGUAAAUUAUGCUUAUGGUCUUUGUUGGGGGAACUCAACAGAGAAUUAAAGGAGAAAAAGUACUUAAAUAAGGAUCAUAAUGAUUUGUCAUUGGCAGAUACCUGUAUUUGGGUAACUGUAUGGUCUACUGUGUUAGUUACAGAAAUUGGAAAAGAAUUAUGUAAAGAAUAUUUAUUUCUUAAAGAUUGGUUAGCCAAUAUUGAAUUACUGCCAAUUAUUCAGGAUUCUAUUCAGGAAUAUAAAUUUGAAAGAGGUUUGAGAGCAAUUGUCAGUAUUCAAGCUGCAUCCUGGUUUCCUGUUAUUAGUUCCCUAAAUUCACCAGCUAAUAAAGCACAACCAAGUGAUAUAAGCCCAACUAAAGAGAAAGAAUUAGAAGCAGUUAGCCAAGAAGAGAUGCAAAAUAUUGCAAGUAAUUGGUCUUCUAAGUCAUAUCCAGAUGUGAAAAAUUCUCCUUACCCUGUAUUACCAAAGAAAGGGGAAAGAAAUAUUUUAAUAACAUCUGCAUUACCUUAUGUUAACAAUGUUCCUCAUUUAGGAAAUAUUAUUGGUUGUGUACUUUCUGCUGAUAUUUUUGCCAGAUAUUGUAGACAAAGAAAUUAUAAUACCCUUUUCAUUAGUGGAACUGAUGAAUAUGGUACUGCUACAGAAGCUAAAGCUUUGGAAGAAAAAACAACACCACAAGCUAUUUGCGACAAAUUUUUCGAUAUACAUAAUGACAUUUAUAGAUGGUUUAGCAUAGGGUUUGAUUAUUUUGGUCGCACUACAACGCCUGAACAAACAGAAAUCGUGCAAUCAUUUUUCUUAAGAAUAAAAUCGCAAGGGUAUAUAUUAAGUGAAAUAGUAGAUCAACUUCUCUGCGAGUCGUGCAAUAGAUUUUUAGCAGAUAGAUUUGUAGAAGGAACGUGUCCACGAUGUAAAUACGAAGAUGCACGUGGUGAUCAAUGCGAUGGAUGCGGUCAUCUAGUGAAUGCGACGGAUUUAAUAUCUCCCCGGUGUAAAGUAUGCAGUAAUAGACCCAUUGUUAAGAAAUCGGAACAGUUCUUUUUAGAUUUACCUAAGUUAGAGAGUAAGUUAAAAGAAUGGUCCCCCACUGUGGAAAAGGGGUGGUCGACUGUUGCAAAAGUUGUCGCAAAACCAUGGCUACGCGAUGGACUUAAACCACGAUGUAUAACGCGUGAUUUAAAGUGGGGAAUACCUGUCCCUGUAAAAGGUUUUGAAAAUAAAGUAUUCUAUGUUUGGUUUGAUGCACCCUUUGGCUAUAUCAGUAUUACAAAAAGAUACACUAAGGAAUAUGAACAGUGGUGGAAACCAACAGACGUAGAAGUUGAUUUAUAUCAAUUUAUGGCAAAAGACAAUGUUCCAUUCCAUGCAAUAAUGUUCCCUGCUUGUUUAUUAGCAGCUAAUGAAGGAUAUGUAUUAUUGAAGCAUUUAAUGGCAACAGAAUACCUGAAUUACGAAGAUACAAAGUUUUCAAAAUCCAGAGGUAUCGGAGUGUUCGGAACUGAUGCCAGAGAUACCGGCAUACCUGCUGAUGUUUGGCGGUUUUAUCUUGCAUAUGUUAGACCAGAAACUCAAGAUUCUAAUUUCAAUUGGAUAGAUCUAGUAACCAAAAAUAAUAAUGAAUUAUUAAAUAAUUUUGGAAACUUUGUUAACAGGGCCCUAGUAUUUGCUGAAAAAUACUUCGAAUCUAAAAUACCAGCAAUGACACUGCAAGAAGAGGAUUUAACACUACUAGUGUUAGCUCAACGGGAAUUGUCUUCUUACAUACACAAUUUGGAACAAGCUAAAUUACGCGAUGGUUUGAAACAUGUUUUAGCGAUUUCAAAACAUGGAAAUCAGUACAUGCAAUUCCAAGAACCAUGGGUCAAAAUUAAAGGAUCCGACACUGAUAAGAAGAGAGCAGGAACGAUCAUCGGUAUUUGCUGCAAUUUAGCGUGUCUUUUGUCGGCUCUUCUAGCUCCGUAUAUGCCUAAUGUUUCACGCCAAAUUAGAACGCAACUAGGAUUGGAUGCUAGCAAUUAUGGUUACAUUCCUGACAUUAUUACAAACAUACUCCCAACGGGGCAUAAAAUCGGUAAACCAUCUCCUCUGUUUAAAAAGAUAGAGGAGAAAGAGGUAGAAACGUUGAGACAAAAAUAUGCUGGGAAACAAGAAACUAAAAAUGACGCGCAAAAAAAUAACGAUAAUGACGUUAAAAGUUUAGAAGCUGCAAUAGCAGAACAGGGCAAUAAGGUUAGGGAAUUGAAAGCUAAACACGAUAAAAGCAUUUGGCAACCAGAGGUUCAAAUUCUUUUAAAUUUGAAGAAAAAACUUUCUGAUCUCAUGAGCGGAUCGAGUAAGCCUACUGAGUCAUCACAACCAAAAAAUAAAAAGCCGGAAGUGGUCUUUGUACCUGAACAAAACGGGGGUGCUUCCGUGGAUGUUGCAAGUUUGGAAUCAGCUAUUACUAAACAGGGUGAUCUCGUACGUGAACUGAAAGCUAAAGAACAGAAAUCAGUAUGGCAGCCCGAAGUGGAAAAACUGAUAAAACUUAAAAAACAAUUAGCUGAUCUCACUGGAAUAACGCCAGCUCCGACUGAUAAAAAGUCGAAGAAAAAGAAGUAAAUUACACGCAUUUCUUCAUCAUCGCGAAGAUGUAAAAUUUCAUACAAUACAGGCCCAUUUUUCAUCUCUUAUUUCAGCGAAUACACUUUGAAAGUACAUCAGUAUGAUAUUUUCUUAACUAAUGUAAUCCAUAUAUUUCAUUUAAUAAAAUUGAUUUAUACAUAUGGAAAGAA